AACGCGCAGUUUUUUAUAAUAGUUUUGUGUGUUUUUGCAAUUGUGUCAUCUUCUUAUGGAGAAGUCAGCCACAGAAGUAGUAAGAAAUUAUUACUGACCAAUAAUUAAUCUAAUGCUAUUUUAUACCAACAAUAUCUUUGAUAAGUCUUAAUUGGCCCCUUGGAAGUAUAUUAUUUUAAACUAUUUUUUACAAGAACAUCCUAUAAAAUGUGUAACGAUUGAACGAGAAGAUCCAAAUACAAUUACAUCGUGCGGUGCACGCGUCGCUUCACGCCCGGGCUUUGCAUGGAUCCAGUUAUCCCGGUAUGGACCUUCGUCUUCCACCAGCAGAACUGCACUGAACGUUACGGGUGUCCCCAGGACUGGCGCACGAAUCGCUUCACCACACACGCUAGAUGCAUGCGUCGAUGCAAACCGCUGGUCGACUUGUACUUAGAGAUACUGUCUAGGGAGCCACGUAACCUAUCUGCCUAUAUACGCUCUCAAUCUUGGGAUAAGUCAGCCAGAAGAGAUUCAGGCGACGAUGCAGACGGUACCGACAUUGAAGAAGAUGAGUACGAUCCUCCAAGAAUAGAGCAUAAUCUAAAUGGCCCAGCACCAACGUUGGACGUUAAAACCGCUGAUCACAACGACUGGGCGGUGACAGUCGAUAUCGAUGACGUCAGAUGAUAACAUUGAU